AUGAGCUACUACUUCGCCAUCGUCGGCACCCAGGACAACCCGCUGUUCGAGUACGAGUUCGGCACGUCUAAGCAAGGCGGCGAUGGCCAGUCGCGCUUCACCGAGCAGCUGCGCCACCUGAACCAGUUCAUCCUGCAUUCGAGCCUCGACAUUGCCGAGGAACUGCAAUGGGGGCAGGGCCAGAUGUACCUCAAGUGCAUCGACAAGUUCUUCAACAACUACAUAUCAUGUUUCGUCACGGGCGCCAACGUCAAGUUCCUCCUCCUUCACCAGCCGACCGUCCCCUCGCCGGGGAGCUCCUCGCGGUCGUCCACGGCCAUCGGCGCCAACCCUACCAGCCCGGCGACCGAGGAGGCCAUCAAGAUGUUCUUUACCGAGGUGUACGAGAAUUGGGUCAAGGCCGUCAUGAGCCCCUUUUACAAGGCGAAUUCGGAAGUGAGGAGUCCGGUGUUCAGGGCGCGCGUCGCGGCGGCUGGGCGCAAGUAUCUGUGA